UUUUGUAGGAGUCGGGAUAAAGAAUAAAAUUAAAAACCAUGGAAGCUGCUACGACCCAGAGGUUUAUUGGGCGCGGUUCCCACAAGGGAAAGGGCCUAGCAGUGUUCACCAGCGGUGGUGACUCUCAGGGUAUGAACGCUGCAGUGCGUUCAGUAGUACGAAUGGGUAUUUACCUUGGCUGCAAGGUAUACUUUAUUCGUGAAGGAUAUCAAGGGAUGGUCGACGGAGGUGAUAACAUUGAGGAGGCAAACUGGUCUUCAGUCAGUUCAAUCAUUCAUAAAGGUGGCACUAUUAUUGGAUCAGCUCGAUGCAUGGAGUUCAUAAAGCGAGAGGGUCGUCUUAAGGCUGCUUACAACUUAGUGACUCGUGGUAUCACCAACUUAGUGGUGAUUGGUGGUGACGGUUCCUUGACUGGUGCCAAUUUGUUCCGUGAAGAGUGGUCGAGUCUGCUUGAUGAACUACUUGCAAACAAUAAGAUUACUAAAGACCAAAGAGAGAAAUACAAGUAUUUGCACAUUGCUGGAAUGGUGGGAUCUAUUGACAAUGACUUCUGUGGUACAGAUAUGACAAUAGGCACAGAUUCUGCCUUGCACCGCAUCAUUGAAGCUAUUGAUGCUAUUGUAAGCACUGCAUACUCCCAUCAGAGAACAUUUAUUAUGGAAGUCAUGGGAAGACAUUGUGGUUAUCUGGCAUUAGUGGCCGCUCUGGCGAGCGAGGCAGAUCAAGUAUUCAUUCCUGAGGACCCUGUUCCCAAUAAUUGGGUUGAAAAGCUUUGCAAAAGAUUGGCUCAGGAAAGGAAAUCUGGCCAGCGUCUGAAUAUUAUCAUAGUUGCGGAAGGUGCUAUUGACCGCGAAGGCAAGCCUAUUACGGCUGAGCUGGUGAAGAAGGUUGUGGUGGACAAUCUACAGCAGGACACACGUAUCACUGUGCUGGGUCACGUGCAGCGUGGAGGAUCUCCUUCGGCCUUCGAUAGGAUUCUCGGUUGUCGUAUGGGUGCUGAGGCGGUUAUGGCUCUGAUGGAAGCCACCCCCGAGACGGAGCCAUGUGUUGUGUCUCUGGACGGUAACCAAGCUGUGCGUCUACCUCUCAUGGAGUGUGUGCGACGCACUAAGGCUGUCGCUCAGGCCAUGGCUGACAAAAACUGGGAUCUAGCUGUGCAACUGCGCGGGCGCAGCUUUGCACGCAAUUUGGAGACAUACAAGAUGUUGACUCGUUUGAAGCCACCCAAGGAGGCUUUCGAUGCGUCUGGCAAACCUGCUGAAGGUUUGACUCUAGCUGUAAUGCACGUAGGCGCGCCGGCUUGCGGUAUGAACGCGGCUGUGCGUUCCUUCGUACGUAACUGCAUCUACCGCGGAGACACGGUGCUCGGCAUCCACGACGGUAUCGAGGGCUUUAUCAGUGGAAACAUCGUUAAUAUGGAAUGGUCUGAUGUGACUGGUUGGGUGGCCCAGGGAGGUGCCUUCCUUGGCACUAAACGUACUCUUCCCGGAGACAAGAAGGCAGAAAUAGCCGCUCGCAUCAAGCAGUUCAAUAUUCAAGGACUCCUAAUCAUUGCCGCUCUGGAGAUCUACGAGGGUCGUGCCCAGUUCCCCGAGUUCUGCAUCCCAUUGGUGGUGAUCCCGUCUACCAUCAGUAACAAUGUUCCCGGAACUGACUUCUCUCUCGGAUCUGACACGGCACUUAACGAGAUCACUGAGAUCUGUGACCGUAUCCGACAGUCUGCUCAGGGAACUAAACGCCGUGUGUUUGUCAUUGAGACUAUGGGAGGUUACUGCGGCUACUUGUCUACUUUAGCAGGGUUGGCUGGUGGCGCGGACGCUGCGUAUAUUUACGAAGAGAAGUUCUCUAUCAAGGACUUGCAGCAAGAUGUGUACCACAUGGCCUCUAAGAUGACAGGUGGCAUUCAGCGCGGUCUCAUCCUGCGUAACGAGAAAGCUAAUGAUAAUUACAACACAGACUUUAUUUACCGUCUGUAUUCUGAAGAGGGCAAGGGCCUGUUCACCGCUAGGAUGAACGUGCUUGGUCACAUGCAACAAGGUGGAUCCCCCACGCCUUUCGAUCGUAACAUGGGAACGAAGAUGGCUGCUAAAUGUCUGCAUUGGUUGGUUGAGACCAUUCAGAAAGGACCUGCAAAUAGUCCCGACUCCGCCUGUCUGCUGGGCAUCGUUAAGAGACAGUACAAGUUCUCUCCUCUUGAGGACUUGAAGGCGCAGACUAACUUUGCCCAGAGAAUACCGAAGCAGCAAUGGUGGAUGAAGCUGCGUCCAUUGCUCCGUAUUCUGGCGAAGCACGAGUCUACAUACGAGGAAGAGGGCAUGUUACCGUCGGGAAAAAUGGGUGUUAAACCUGCAAUUGGAAGAAAAUCUAACAAGAACCCACCUAUUUUUAGUCACGAAUUUGUGAUUCAGAAUCAUGCUGAUAUAGUUUCGUGUGUGGUGAUGGUGUUUUUGGUUGGGUUGAUGGUACAGUCGACAAGUCCGAUAGCGAGCUUAUUCAUCAGUCUACACCACAAUGUCAGUGGAGUUGAGCCCACCAGAGAAGCACCGAAAGGAGAGCCAUUCUUCUAUGAAGCAGGAUGGAAAGACGCCUGUGCAGUAUUCUUUUACUCGUUGGUAUGCAUUGUGAUGCAUGCCAUCCUCCAGGAGUAUUUCUUAGAUAAAAUAUCAAAGAAGUUUCAUCUGUCCAAAUCAAGACUGAGUGCCCUGAAUGAAUCGGGUCAACUGGUUGUGUUCCACCUCGUGACCCUUAUUUGGGGUGGAGAUGCCAUCAUCCGUGAAGGAUUUGUCUUCAAUAUUUCACAGUUGUGGGACGGUUACCCUAGCCACCCUAUGAGCUUUUUGCUCAAGCUCUGGUGGAUUGUCCAAGCUGCUUACUGGAUCCACACUGUCCCUGAACUGUACUUCCAGCGCAUCAAGAAAGAUGAAUGGAUUGGUCGCAUCAGGCAUGCCGCUGCUGCUUUCGCAUUUGUCGCUUUAGCUUAUGGCUUCAAGUUCCAGCGUGUUGGUGUCUGCUUGGUUGUUCUGCACUCUCUGGCCGAAUUUGUGGCUCACAGCUACCGUUUGAACACUAUCCUCAGGGGAGAACGUGAAGACUGGUUAGACAAAUUCCUAAGCUUGAUCAACGGCUCCGUUUUCGUGACUGUCCGUCUGUGCUCGUUGGUACUGGGCGUGCUCACAUUCUACUUUGGUCUCGCUGGCGCGGCGCCGCUCGUCAUCCGCGUCGCAGCUCUCUCUGUACUAGUCUCCUUCCAGGUUUACCUGAUGUUCAACUUCAUCUCUGAAGCCAUAAAGCAAAGGCAAGAGAGCCGCCAGCAGGCGCAAGCCAAGCCCAAGAAAGAGAAAAAAGAAAAGCCUAAGAAGGAAAAAGUAAAGAAAGCCCCGGUCGAGGAAUCCGACCUGCCCGAAGUCGACCAGAACACGAACAAGACGCUUCGGCAGCGACAGACCGCCAAGGCGAAGUGAACCACGCUCAUUCAUUGAAUACUUUGACAUUAACUGUAUCGUUAGGUUGUCGUCAUCCCGUCGUAACUGAGUCUUUCCACUACUACACUUUAGUUACUUCUUGCUGACUCUUCUAUCCCCCUCUAGAUAUCAAUGUUAUAGCACAAAAUAGUUUUUUUGUAUUGUGAGCCCCGUGACGGACUCUGAUACUCGUAAUCGAUGUCGAUGUUUGAUGUUAAUGUAUAGGUAUCAAGCACGUAUGUGACAAGACUUACUUUAUCGUAGUUAUAUUGUAUCUUCUUUUACGAAACAUUAAUUUAGACUGUGGAACAUAAUUAUCGUCAUUAAAAGUAUAGUGGAUACAGGGUUGUAAAAAUAUCUCCUAAAGUGUAAAAAAUGAAGUCUAG